AUGAUUCCAAGACAGAUUAAUAGAGCUGUGUUGAAGCAGCACGGCGCGGCCAGUUUGGUCGGCAGAAGACUACAGUCAAAGAAGGUUUCGCCGAAGGAGUUGGUGAUGCAGUCGCACUUGCCAAAGAUCGAGAACCCAGAUACCCCAGACAAAGACAUUGACCCAAAAAGACGGCUACCGAAGCCUGCGUAUGAGGCCAAGGGGUUCAAGGUGCCGGAGUGGAAGCUGGCGUUCGGAGAGGUGCUAGUGAACUUAUUCCGUAUUGACAUGGACAAUGUGAGGGCAGGUACCAUGGGAGGAGUGAAGUACUACCAAAUGUGCAAAGAUCAAAGUUUACAGUUCAAAAAUGAUCCGCUUUCGGAAACCGCUACUUUCUGGUACCAGACCUUGGGACUUCCUAGAACUUUUGGACAGUGGUUCCAGAUCACCGGGCUGCACGUGUGGCUGUUAUUUGUGAGAAUGAGAGCGAUGCCAUUCAAGGUUGGUAAAAACUACCAACAGAAACUGGUUGACAAUUUCUUCAGAGACAUCGAGCUCAGACUCAGUGAGGAAAUGAACGUUUUGUCCGGACAGAUCAGAGAAAGCUACAUGAAGGAUUUCCACUCGCAACUUUUGGGAAUCACGUUCUCCUACGACGAGGCCUUGGCAUCGAACUCAGACGCGGUUCUUGCCGCUGCUCUGUGGAGAAACAUGUUCAACGGAGACAAGAAUAUUGACAAUGUCAAGCUCGAGGCACUCGUGCGGUACGUGAGGAUGCAGUUGUACGUUCUAGACAAGAUCUGCGACAGAGCGUUUGGAUUUGGCGACUUUGAGUUUGUCUCUCCAAACGAGACUAUCGACCCUCUAACUCCCGAGGAGGAACAGAAGCUCAAGGAGGCCACCCACCAAAAGUACGAGCCUGCUUCUGGAAAGACCCUGCCUAGUAAUCGCUCGAAGUUGUCGUUAGACGAGUAA